AUGCGGAUCCUCUCCCUUCAGACUGUGUUGUCUGGUCUCUCGUCCCUGUCAACCCUCGGAAACUCUACGACCCCUGUUGUGGUGACGAAAAGCGCCGGUACCUUCGUGGGGGAAGCGAACACUACAACUUCGAUCGACGCAUUCCUGGGCAUACCGUUCGCUCAGCCGCCCGUGGGCCCUCUACGGUUCAAGGCGCCUGUAGCUGUACCCGCCACGACGGGGACCUACCAUGCGACCUCCUUCGGUAAUGCCUGUCCUCAGCCACUUGGCUAUCCUGCCGGAGCGCCUCUGUCAGAGGACUGCUUGUAUCUUAAUAUCUUCCGUCCUGCAGGAACGAACGUUUCAUCUGCUCUUCCGGUGCUCGCUUGGAUUUACGGUGGAGCAUACACAACCGGAUCGGCUUCGCUACCAUCGUACAGUGAUCCGACGCCGAUAAUCCAGCGAAGUAUCGAGCUCGGGAAACCCAUCAUGUUCGCUGCAAUGAACUACCGCGUGAACACCUUCGGCUUCCUCGCAAGUCGAUACGUACCUUCAGAAGAUCUCAACGCUGGUCUACAAGACCAGAGAUUGGCCUUGGAAUGGCUACAAGACAACAUCGCCUCGUUCGGAGGCGAUCCAACGAAGGUCACCAUAUGGGGACAGUCAGCAGGCGGGGGAAGUGUGGAGGCUCACAUCUUGUUUCCCGCCAACCGCACGCUCUUCCGAGCCGGUAUCGCCGAUUCCUCUACGGGACCGUUCAAGAGCUCACCGUAUCCGCAUCAGUAUGACGAGCCAGGGAAGCCAUACGCACGUCUGACGUCAAUGGUCGGAUGCCCGCUCGACAGCACGUCUUUCGCCUGUCUGCAGCGGAUUCCGUUCGAGAUACAACAGACCUUGAUGAACGUAAGCAACUCCCUGAUCGAGGACACUCUCAACGGGCAGCUCUGGCAACCAGCUGUUGGACCCCCGGGAAGUCUCCUUCCCGAGCGCCAAUCGGCGCGGAUCGCGAGCGGCGCCUUCGCGCGCGUGCCUUAUCUCGCGGGCACGAACAACAACGAGGGUACGCGCCUCAGCGUCGACGUCUACAACCGGACCCACGACCCCGCGGACGAGGACGCGCUCUUCGACGACUUCGUCGGGCGGCUGAUCCUUGACAAGACGACGCUCAGCGCGGAGACGCUGGCGACGAUCCGGGCGUUGUACCCCGCGAACGGGACGAACAACGGCGCACCGUUCCAAACGGGCGAUUCGCUGUUUGACAGGGCCGAGGCGUGGUACGGGGACAACAUGUACCUCGCGCCGAGGCUCGCCCACGGAUCCGAGCUCAAGUUGCUCUUCGGGAGAUAUGGCGUGCCUUCCAGUCACGCCGAGUUCGCCACCAACUUCACGGACGCAUACAUCAAUUUUGUCCACGAUAUGGAUCCUGGCCCGUCCUGGCCGCGGUAUACCGCGGACUCGAAACUGGUGCUGCAAUGGACGAAGGACAAUAUCACGGCGAUCGAUGACGACUGGGAUCUGGAGCGGACCGGAUUCCUGAACUCCCCGCGGGUCCUGGAUGAAUUUGAAAAAUAG